AUGGGAGGACAGCUUAUGUCUGCAAUUGGUAGGGAUGCUAAUAACCAGAUGUUCCCAAUUGCUAUGGCACUUGUUGAAUCUGAAUGCAAAGAUAGUUGGGGGUGGUUUUUGGACAUCCUUACUGAUGCCAUUGGCACUCCAAUUGAAAGGGGUUGGGUGUUUCUAUCAGAUAGACAAAAGGGAUUAAUUGAUUGCAUUGAGAAUAAGUAUCCUGGAGUGGAGCAUCGAUUCUGUGUUAGACACAUGUAUGCUAAUUUCAAACUGAAAUUCAAGGAUAAGCACCUAAGAGAUUUAAUGUGGGGGGCAGCCAGGGCUUAUUUACCCUGUCAUUAUGAAAGCAAAAUGAGAGAGUUACAUUUAGUAGCCCCAGAAGCACAUGCAUGGCUUAGUUCCAUACCAGCUAACCUAUGGGCCAGACACACCUUUUCUCCAAGGACAAAAUGUGACCUUUUAAGUAAUAAUAUAUGUGAGAGCUUCAAUCAAUACAUUAAGGAUGCUAGGGAAGAGCCUAUUUUGACUAUGUUUGAGGCCAUUCGAAGACAGAUUAUGUGCAGAUUUCAAGAAAAAAGAGACUGGAUUCAGAAGGUGAAGUCUCAUAUUUGUCCGAGGAUCUGUCAGAAAAUUGAAGAGAGGAAAAAACAGGUAGCUCAGUUUGAUGCACUUGUGUCUACAAGAGAGGUGUAUGAGGUGACUGGUAUAGUAGGAACUUUUGCUGUUAAUGCAGUUCAAAGGUCUUGCACAUGUAAUGAGUGGGAUAUGACAGGAAUUCCAUGUGUCCAUGCAUGUGCUGGACUUGUGCAAGACAACAAAGAUCCAUAUGCAUAUGUUGAUAAUUGCUACUCAGUAGAAACAUAUGUAAAGGCAUAUGCUGGUGUUGUUAUGCCUAUGCCAGACCAAACAAAUUGGGUGAAUGCUAGCAGUGAUACAUUACUCCCACCUCGUAGGAAGAUAGCUCCAGGCAGGCCUAAGAAAGUUAGAAAAAAGGCUCCAUUGGAGGACUUACAUGUUGGAAAACUAUCUAAAGUAGGGCUGCCAAUUCACUGCAGUCAUUGUGGUCAUACUGACCACAAUGCCAGAAGUUGCAAGGUCACUGGUUGUUCAUUUGUGAGGCAAAGAAAAUCAGUGACUGCACAGGGCCUACUAAACGAGGGAGAGGAGCUGGUAGAGGCCACUCUACAAAUGCUGAUGCUGAUGUUGAGAGAAAUACUGAUGCUGAUGUUGUGCAAAAUGCUGAUGUGA